AACUCCAGACCGGAUAUCUGCUUGUUGUUUAUAUCUCGUUCCCCUCCGGACUCAUUCACCGACUGUCCUCUGACACUGAAUCCGAACAUGAGCGUUCUUUUUCGGGCAUCGUGUGUGCUCCUCCUCGGCCUACUCUGGUUCUCCCUCUCCCCGUCCGCCUCGUGCCGGGUCCGAAUCCCGCCUCAUGACCAAGUGGCCCGUGUCGCGCGCUUCGUCGCGCACCAGUGUGACUGGGCCUCCAUGGCCACCAUCUCCACACACAAGCCGGUGGUGGGACAGCCGUUCUCCAACGCUUUCUCGGUGAGCGACGGGCCGGAGGGCUCCGGUACCGGGGUGCCCUACAUGUACCUGACCCGCAUGGAGAUCUCGGUACAGGAUCUGGAGGUCAACCCCGUAGCGUCUCUGUCCAUGUCUCUGGCUCAGACAGAUUACUGCCGACAGGAAGGCUUCGACCCGCAGAGUCCACUCUGUGCUCACAUCAUCCUGUCUGGGUCUGUGGUGGAGGUGAAUGGGACGGAGGCGGAGUUUGCCAGGAAGUCGUUGUUCAGUCGUCACCCUGAGAUGAUCGACUGGCCGUCUGACCACAACUGGUUCUUCUGCAAGUUCAACAUCACUCAGGUGUGGGUGCUGGAUUAUUUCGGCGGGGUGAAGACCGUCUCUCCAGAGGAGUACUUUAACGCCUCGCUGCAUAGGAAGCACCACUGAUGGUCAGAGCGCCUGCUUCCUGUAGUUCUACUUCCUAUCGUUGUAGUUCUAUCACAUAUACGCUGAAACUCAGGUUGCUCUUGUAAAUGUGAUCGUGUGUGUGUGAAAUAAUAUGAGGUGCAGUGUUGGAGUUUGAACACUGGGCAGAAACGCAGACACACACACACACACACACAGACACACACACACACACACACACACACACACACACAGAGACACACACACA